AUGGGACCCAGGCUUCUCGGGCACCCCCUCCUUGUCAGUAUCCAUCCAUACAUCCCCAGCCUCCAGCUAUGCAUCCAGCUUGUCUCCGCACCAGACCAGGGCUCGAAUUUUGAGCGGGUCCGGCUGCCAGCCAGACCGUCGUGCUGUCUGCGCCUGCUGCAGUUGAAUCAGCCUGCAGGUGACCUCGGUUACAGGCGUCUUUUUAGGCACCAGUAUGAUGGCGGUAGAUUUGAAACACAGGGUGACAACUGCUUGGCUCAAAGAGACGUUAAAGAUAUCGGUGAAUACAUCUGCCGGCUGGUCUGUGCAGUCCCUGAGCGCACAGCCAGCGCCCUCCGGUCUUUGUUCAAUCUCGCUGAAAAGACUGAACUUCCGCAGUCUGGUUGCAACGCGGCGGGAAACGCUCCCGAGUUUGGGCGGCGGGGAUUUCCAGCCACCGCGGACUCGCAGGGCAAGAUGUUCACCACCACCACCCCCCCUGGCGUUGGCCGGUGGAGGGAGAGGGACGGUCGUGGUCCCGGGCCGGGAACCCGCACGGUGUGGUGGACCUUGGCAGUGGUGGGAUUCGGCCCCAAGUCCCCACAGAGACUGGAGCCUAAAUCCGGAGCCUUAGACAGUGUGAGGAUCCUGUCGGGGAGAAUGCCCAAGUACCUAGGGGCAGGGACAGCCAAAAAGAAAGAAGUGGUUGGAGCCCUUGGUUCAUCAGUUUUACUGGAUCCGGAAGUCAAAGCUGAUCCCAACAAAGAUGAAAUUAUUUGGACUUUCAUCGCCAGCCGCAGAAGCCCUCUCACUAUUCUACAUCAUAUCCCAGGUUACAAGUGGGCUGAACCUAGUGAGCAGUUCAAGUCCUGGUUACAGUUUAUUCUCGCUAAUGGUUCUCUAAUAGUAAAUGGAUUAGAACUGGGUGACCAAGGAGAUUACAGCUUCAUGGUGGCUGACAAAGAGCUGAAAAUAAUACAAUUGCUCCUCUUCGAUGAGCUGUCGGAAGCUUUGAUAUCGACCAACUCCAGCUCCCUCGGUUCCACCGUCCAGCUCACCUGUAACGUCAGUGGGGAUCCUCACGAGUAUCGGUGGUGGAAGGAUGGAGGGGAAAUCUCCCGGCAUCACUGGCUCAUGGAUGGGAACAGAACUCUUGUGAUCCCAAAAGCUUUAGGACAUGACUGUGGAACGUACACCUGCGCUGCAACCAACCCUGUCGGCUCCAUCCAGGCAGAUUACACUCUAAUUAUAUCUGGUUUUCCCCCCGAGGACAUCGCAAUUGUUACUCUGUCGAUCACAGAGCUGGUGAUUUCUGCAUUGUCUUUUAUUGUUUUUGUGGCUGUGCGCUGCUGGAUGAUGGAAUCGGACAAAGCCAAGAAGAGCCAAAAAUGUUGGCUGCUGACUAUUUCUGAUAUUGUGUCUCGUGUUGCCAUCCUCAUUGCCCUCGUAAACUGGAUUAUAGUGAAAGGUGCCAGCCCUAUAUCAGUAAUGGCUUUGUGCACGGACUCUGUCCUGCUGCUGGCUUUGAUUCUACCAUUUGUUCAGAAGUUAGGCUGCCUGAGUACUGACUGUUGCCGAAAAAACGGAGUUUGGGACUGGGCUGUUGGUGGACUGCACCUCGCUGUGAUCAUCAUCUCCGUGAUUUCCUUGACAGUGAUUCAUCCAAACAAUCUAGGCUGUGACAGCAGCCUUUUCACCGGGAGAGUAUUCUUCGCCACAAGGAUCGGGUGUGCGCUGAUCUGUCUCUUGUACUUUGUGGUCCCUCACUGCAGAAACAAAGAUACAGGUGGGAAUGUCAACACUGCCAAAGGACAGCAGCUAUGUUGUUAA